UUUUUUAAUAGAAAAAUGAAAUCUGAAAGUAAGGCUACGGCGCACUGUUUCUCCACCUUUCCCCACCUCUCAUCACCCAUUUCGCCGGAAUUCAUCAUUCCAUCUGAAAACUUCGAUCUGUCAAGCUCAAAACCCUCGAAUUCUAUCUCCUCUGCCCUCAUUCCAUAAAGUUUCCGGCGAAUUCCUGAGGAAAAAACUAUCAAUUAUUCCUCAAUAACUUGCUAAUUUGUUCAAACUUCCUUCAAAUUUCUCUAAUUUCAUUUUUCAAUUGUGAACAAAAUUGACAGAAAUUCCGGUGUUCAGAAAAAAUUAGGGUUCGGAUCAUCUGCUAUUUCGGGGAUCGUCUCCAAUUUCAAUGUUGGUGAGGUGAGGUGAGACAGAAGAGAGGGAAAAUGACGACGAUGAGGAGAGUUGGGAAGUAUGAAUUGGGAAGGACAAUUGGAGAAGGGACCUUUGCCAAGGUUAAAUUUGCGAUCAACACGGAUACUGGUGAAAGUGUGGCGGUCAAAAUUUUAGCUAAAACUUCCAUUCUCAAGCACAGGAUGGUUGAGCAGAUUAGACGUGAGAUAUCCAUAAUGAAGAUUGUUCGACAUCCUUUCAUUGUCAGACUACAUGAGGUUUUAGCCAGCCGAACAAAGAUAUACAUAAUUUUGGAGUUUGUGCCUGGUGGGGAGCUGUUUGAUAAAAUUGUUCAUAAAGGCAAGUUGUCUGAAAUGGAGUCCAGGAAAUAUCUUCAACAGCUUGUUGAUGCAAUCUCUCAUUGUCAUAAGAAGGGUGUUUACCACCGAGAUUUGAAGCCAGAAAACCUCCUUCUCGAUGCACGUGACAAUUUGAAGGUUUCUGAUUUUGGGCUCAGUGCCGUACCACAAGAAGGAAUUGAUCUUCUUCACACCACAUGUGGCACUCCUAACUAUGUUGCACCUGAGGUUUUGAAUGGCCGGGGAUAUGAUGGCGCUGCUGCAGAUAUUUGGUCCUGUGGAGUAAUCCUUUAUGUUUUAUUAGCUGGAUAUCUCCCUUUCCAAGAAACAGACCUUCCUUCCUUGUACAAAAAGAUUAACGCUGCUGAAUAUUCUUGCCCAUUUUGGUUCUCACCAGGUGCAAAAUCAUUGAUUGGAAAGAUGCUUGACCCUAAUCCCAAAGCACGCAUUACAAUAGAAGAAAUUAGAAAGGACCCUUGGUUUCCAGUGAACUACAUUCCUGCUCGACAAGGUGUUGAAGAAGAAGUGAACUUGGAUGAUAUUCGUGCUGCUUUUGAUGACAUUGAGGAUCAUUUUGUAACUGAGCAGUCUAGGAAGCUGGACAGGGGCCCCCUGAUAAUGAAUGCGUUUGAAAUGAUUACCUUAUCUCAGGGUCUAAAUCUAUCAGCCUUAUUUGACAGACGGCAGGAUUAUGUGAAGAGGCAAACUCGCUUUGUUUCCCGGGAAUCUCCAAAGACCAUCAUUUCGACUAUUGAUACUGUUGCUGAAUCAAUGGGUCUCAUGGUUCAUACACGUAACUACAAGAUGAGACUCGAAGGAAUAUCUGCUAAUAAGGCGGGGCAGUUUUCUGUGGUGCUGGAGAUCUACGAAGUUGCUCCUUCACUUUUCAUGGUGGAUGUUCGGAGAGCUUCUGGUGACACCCUUGAAUACCACAAGUUCUACAAGCAUAUAUGUGCUAAACUGGAUCACAUCAUCUUGAAACCAAAAGAGGGAAAAGGCGAAGAAGGUUCUCGAACCCUUGAAAGCAGAUAUCAUAGAAGAAUGUUAUCGGAGCCACCUUGAAGGUAGUUGCCAUUGACAUGCCACUUUAUUAUUUAUCAGAAGAUCUUGAGUGUAUGCAACAUUUGCGUGUUAAUUUGCACAGUGUAUGUCUAGAUUAACCCUUAUAGAAUUCGUCCCGUAUUCUAUCUUUAUCUUGUCUGGGAAUUGGUUGAGUUUUGUACACCGGGAAAAGGAAGAAGACUAUGCACAUCUCAAGAAGGUAUGAACUGUAUUUGGUAGGUUUCCAAGUGUUGUCUCAAUAAAACUAGGAGCCUAGGAGGUGUCUCCAUCCGUACAUGUAGCAAGAACAUUAACUCUGUGUUUGUUUGUUAUAGGCAUUCAAGUUGUUGUAAGGUAAAGUUAAUAAAUGUUGAGAUAAUAGUUAUUCUUUCUUUUUAAUAAUUUCCCAGACGAUACCCAGGAUUCGGGAUUGAUCA